UACCUAUUGCGUUUGGUGUCAUUCUGUCAUUAAUGAAUCAAGGUUUUAUUUUUCGAAGAACCGGCAAUUCAUAUUGAACGUUUGUCGUUUAUUGGUUGAUUAUUCUUGAAAAUUUAGUCAGUAAGAAUAGUUCAAAAUGGCUACGGAAACUCUAGUUCCUUUGGAAUCGAAUCCUGAAGUAAUGAAUAAAUUUCUGCAGAAACUUGGUGUUCCUUGCAAUUGGAAUAUAGUUGAUGUUAUGGGUCUUGAACCAGAAUUGCUUUCAUGGGUGCCGAAACCGGUAAUAGCUGUUACACUUCUUUUUCCUCUUUCUGAUGCUUAUGAGCACCAUAAACAAAAAGAAGAAAAUGAUAUACUAUCCAAAGGGCAAGAAAUUUCAAAUAAUCUAUUUUAUAUGAAGCAAAAUAUAAGUAAUGCAUGUGGGACAGUAGCACUUGUACAUGGAGUAGCAAAUAAUACUGAUAAAAUUCAAUUAAAUGAUGGACCCUUAAAGAAAUUUUUAGAGGAGGCGACAGAACUAGACGCCAAUGCUAGAGGGGAACUAUUUGUUAAAAGUGAGAGUAUUAUUAAUGCUCAUAAGGAAUUGGCCCAAGAAGGUCAAACUAAUACUCCCAGUGCGGAUGAUUCAGUUAACCAUCAUUUCAUUACGUUUGUACAUAAAGAUGGAAUAUUAUAUGAGUUAGAUGGGCGUAAGGCCUUUCCAAUAAAUCACGGUAAAACAACACCUGAUUCUUUGUUAGACGAUGCAGCAAAGAUAUGUAAAGAAUUCAUGGCACGUGACCCAGAGGAGGUCCGUUUUACUGUGGUUGCUCUGGCUGCUUCUGAGUAAUAUUAAUAAAGAAAUGCUUUUACUUGUAUUGUUACAUAAUAUGGUAUUCUAAAAUAAAUUGCUUACCAUAGUGCUUCAUUGAUUUUCAACCUUUAAAAAAUGUUACUUAAACUUACGUAAACUUAAUAUAUUUAUUUUGUAUGCUAUGCAAGCCUUUUGUGAUAUUAAAUACCCUAUUUAUAUUUAAUAUUGAUGUUUUAAAUUUCAGACAGCCCAAAAGUAACCUUUUAAAUUUAUAAUCAUAGAAAAAAAUAUUACAUUUAUAUAAUAAUAUUUACAAACUUUGUAUAUGUGAAACAACAGGAUUUAAAAUUAAUAAAAUAGCAUUUUCAUUAAAUAGAACAGGUUUACCGAGUAAAGUUGAUCAAUAAUAGUAAAUUUUUAAAACACAGUUUAUGUAAAUAGAUGAGUAGUGGUUAUAUUUUGUUAGUUUAUUAAUUUCUUAUUAAUUAUUAUUGAUUACCUUAGCUUAUAGAUGCUUGCAACCAGAAGCAUCGCAAGUGUGCUGCCAACCCUACCCCCAAUAGGUAGUUGUUUGAGUUUGAAAAUAGUUGAAGUUGACUAAUUUCCAUGAAUAUAAAAUAGCUAAAUUUACUGAUUUAAUUUUUUUUAUUAGCAUUGAUGCCAUAUACAUUUGACGAGCCUAGGUAAUAAUCUUUAUACCGGGCGGAGAUUGGAUUACGAAACGUACCCACUGGGCAUCUAGAUUAGCGACCACUAAAAGUAGAGAACUGAAGAAAGCAGUAGUUCUCGAAAUUGCGUCACCAUCUGCACCCACAGAAUUUUUUUUUGUUACCAAGGGCUUGACGCGACUCUUUUUCGGGGUGGAAACGUGCUUAGAUGGCUUAUCUGAUCAUGAUCCUGUCUUCCUCACUGCUAGUACUACUGUGCUCAACAACAAAAAGGCUCUAUUCUAUACAAUUGUCAAACAGAUUGCGAUGCUUUCCGUGAGGUAGGGGAGAUUGGGUAACAGUGGAUCACGGAUCACAAUGGAUCAUUCGUUAUUAACUCCGUUUAUGUAGUGCUUAAUGCACACAAACAAACGCGUGGCUCAUCCACACCCCUCUCAACCGCGCUAAUCAACAACAAGAAAAUAGGUACCUAUCUGAGAGAUACCUAUUUUCUUGUUAAUUUAACAGUGACUUUUGUUAAUUUUUGAUGAGACUAGAGUAAAUGGUUGAAGACUGCUUAAAAGUACAAAUAAACGAGUGGAAAUGUC